AUGCGAGCAAGUUCACUUGUCAAGUUACUUGGUCUUUGCAUUCUCUUCCUCGCAAUAGUCUUCUUAGUGUUCUCUUUCUUUCAUCAUCAAAAGAGAGCAACAACUGUUUCUUCAUCAUUGAAAAAUAAUUAUUUAUUGUCCACCAAAAAGAAAGAAUCAAAAAAGUGCAUUUCAUCAUUACUAAAUGUUACAGAUGACGAUUUUCAAAAAACAACGUUACUUUCCGAUGAUGAAUUGACAAGACUCUCCAAUGGACUUCCCAUUUUGUUUCAAUCGUUUGUCAACGUUGAUGAAAAAGUGAAGAAAUACAUGAACAGUGUUGUCAAACGCCAUUCGCAUCAUCGGCAUGUUGAAUUGACACGAGAAGAAAUGUUAAAUUAUUUCUACGAGGGGAGAAUUUGGAAAAAAGAUUCAUGUCAUAGUACUGAAUCCACGACAACAAACACUCCAUUUCAUUCCUCAUUGGUCAUUCCAGCCGAUUAUCUUGUAAAAAAUUAUGAACAAGUGAAAACACUUCUCACCACCAAUGAUCGAAAUGAUGGUGAAAUGCACGAUUCUUACAUACUUCGAUACAAAGAUAUACAUUCAUUUUGGGAUAAUGAUUAUUCCACAAUUUUGGAACACAAAGCUCGAACAAUCGUUGGAGAGUCAUGCUGGAAUACGAGACUCGUGUUCUUUUCUCCCAUGUGGCAAAUAUUUCAUUCGGGAGGUCCUCGAAAAGUUGGUGUGACACUCAUUUCCGCUCUCAAAUUGAUUCGAAAACCCUUUAAAUUUAUUUACAAUCUAUCCGAUCCAGAAUUGUUACAAGCAGAUGUCAUUUACUCUUACAAUCCAUACAAGAAUGCCGAAAUUGUUCCAAAAAUUCUACAAGCUCUUGAAUUUUAUUCAACAAGAAAUAAUUCUGCUACCACCACACGAGAAUCUUCUUCUUUCAUAAAUCCAAAUCUUCAAAUGUUCAUUGGACCUGUGGUAGCUCUGGAUAUCAUUCAAAAUCAAUAUAGCAAAUUGGGAAAUCGUUUGACAUAUCUUGCUGCCUCGCAUUGGAUCAAGAAUGAAUACGAAUCUCAAUUAUCGAAUACUCAAACUCGAGUGAUGGUUCUUCCUACAGCUAUCAAUACCAAAUUGUGGUCACCACCUUAUUCAAUAUCAUCAUCAUCAUCAACCGGAUUCAAUAUCAUCAGUAACAUGGAACAACAACCACCACAAUCAACCUUCCAAAGAAAGGACGUUCUUUUAUAUGUGAAGAAUUGUCCCUUUGAUGUGAAUCACAUUCGAUCACUCCUCAAACAAUCCUUAACAAGUUUCUCUUCUUCUUCUUCAACAACAUCACUUUCCAAUGAGAAUCAUGCUCACAGGUCACCCGCAUUCCCCGAUGUAGAAACUCAUGAAAUUUCCUAUCAACACAAGUAUUCUGAAGAAUACUUUUGGAACUUACUUUCACACAAGAUUCGAUUUGCAGUCGUGUGUACUGCUUUAGAAACUCAAGGAAUUGCCUUACAGGAAAUCAUGUCCAUGGAUAUUCCCUUAUUUGUGUUAUGGAAGCCCAUGCAUUCCUCUACAUUAAAACAAGACCAAUCAUUCGAUGAAACGACAAAAACCAUGAGAAAUUUGAAAGAAUUACCAGAACCCAUUUCUGUGCCUUAUUUUGUGGAAGGUGUCACUGGAAUGAUUUGUAGAGAUUUGACCAAAUUUCCACACCUUCUCCAAUUUGAAUUUAUUCCCAAAUUGCCAAAAUUUCAACCGAGAAAAGUCAUGAUCGAUUGGUUCAACUAUUUCGAUAUUGCUGUAGAAUUUUUAAAAAUCAUUUGUCGACGAGAGGAUUCGACAACAACAACACAGGAAAGAACAACUAAUGCUGCUGCAAGGACUCGAUUCGAAACAUUUGAAAGCUAUUUGAAGAUGGUCAGAAACAUUCAGUUUCACACUCAUGGAACAUAG